AUGAAAGGCGCCCUGUCUGGCAUCUCGGUCAACCCGAGUGCAGUGGCCAUCACGUUGCUCACGCUAUCCGUAGCGCUGUGGCUGCCCAACUCGCUGGUCCUCCCAUUCAGACCAACCGGACCCAUCUUUUCACGACCGCCAGAUGUCUUACCGGCUCUUCUGGCACCGGUCGUUCCACCGGAAGGCUUCUUUGCUUCGCUAGCCAGAAUAUUGCAAAUCGCCGUGCUUGCCAUCUCCAUCGCGCCCAGGAAUCCCGUCCUUCUCACUAUGGGUGGUAUUUGGACCGUAUGGUGCUUGACAGCGGCUAUGAGGUGUCUGCUGGGAUUCCUGCUUGGGAGAGCCGUGGGAUGGGCGGCGCCUUCCUUCUUCAAUCAUCUAGCGGUGUACGAGACGAGCACGGGAAUUGGCCCUGUACUGGUCGCCAUCGACGCGGCCACCGUUCUGCUGCAGCGCUUGCCUUCCGAUGUCUCGCCCAUACCAAGCGCAUCUUCAGUCCCUCCGGCAUCUUCCAGACCAUCCAUUGCUAUCCACACGCUCAUCGGAGUCAUUUCUUGCAUACUGGAUGGCGCCCCCUGGACGUAUGCAAGCGGUGCCGCAGUAGGAUUCUUUGUUGCUAUAGCAUACGUUGUAGCAGAAAGCGUCACGGGAGGACCAAUUUACAGGCCGUCGGGUGAGGGACCGGUUCCCCUGCACCUGCUAGAGGACGAAGAGGAAGAAGGCAACAGCUCGACAGCCGCAAAUGGGAGUGGUCGUCGAGGCAACCUGUACGGUGCCGGGGGUCAUUAUGGCAGCGACAGCGUCCCGCCAAGCCGAGUUGCGCUCGUUCAAGCAGCUUUCUGGAGAGGCGCAGCGCAUGUGCUCGUAUCCUUACUCCUCGUCAUCGUGGCAACCAAGACCUCUGGCUGGUUGCCAAAUCUCUCUCAGCUAGGGUCGCCUCCACCGAGUGCCAGACCGCUGCUGGACAUCGUCUUGCUCACCAGUCCACGUCCCCGUGACGAGAAGGGAAUCGCACCUAUGUUAAUCAAUACCACCGACUCGUUCUUUGGUGCAAUUUCACCCGCAGCAAGUCCGCUGAUCGCACCUCGGGUAUCAGUCUUUACGCACUUCAGCUCGAAAGAACACCCAGCAUUCGACGUAGCCAAAGCCCACUUUGACGCGCACCCGAGACCCGAGCUUGGAGAGCGCGCUUCAAAAGUGGUGUUUUAUAGAGAUAGCGACUCGCACGCAGAUGUCAGGUUGGGCCAUCAUUUGCAUUUGGCCGAGCUUCUGAGAUGGUCAUGGGAAAGGGAAGGCUCAUCAGAAUGGGUCUUGGUUGCCGAAGACGAUUUCCCAGUGAGUGCCACACGUGUGCGAUCCUCCUUGUGCGCAGAUCGAGCGGCUUAUUCUUGACCUCUCUAUGAUCCAGGUAUGCGGAGAUUGGGGCUGGAGAGGGAUAGAAGGGGUCAUUGCAGAGCUCGAGCUUCAGCGUCGGCCUUGGGUCGAUCUGCGAGCAUCAGGCGCUGCUGAAGGAGUUUCGCACGCAGGCCCCCCUCUCGCCGGCUGGGUGGGUGCAGGCGGCUCAGGGCUCAUCCUGCAUCGAAGUUUGAUGCCAAUUGCCGAGCGCUUGCUGCGCCUCUAUGCCACUUCGGACGGAAGGAGACCUUUGGCACCUCUGCCGGCUGAUCUUGUCGUGCAACAGUGCAUGUCUGGAGAGAUCAGUCUUUGUGGCAAAGACAGAGGAAUGAUCAUUAGCAGCAGAAUGCUCAUGGGUCAUGUGGGAAGUGGAAAUUCUGCUUUGGGCCACAAUACUCCGGGAUCGAGAUGGCGUUGUCGCUGGCGGUGAGUGGAAAAGUCGCGAUGCGUGGGAAACUGACCUUGCUGCAAAUUUUUGAUCCUCGCUGCUCAUCUCUUAGGCACCCAUCGCACGGCCUGCCCUACGUUAAAAUGGUGUUGGACGUGUAG